AAAAAAAACGGCGAGCAUUUUAGUAGAAAUGUUAAUCAACCACGAGAGUCUUUUAGCAUUGCCUGGAAGCACAAGAAGCAAUUCAAGCUCCACACUUCUACAAAAAAAAAAAGCAUAAGAUCCUCACUCGUCUCUCUUUUUCUCUCUCUUACCUCCUCUCUUUUCCUCUUCACCUUCUCGGUCCUUCUUUCCUUCAUCAUCCUUUAUUUAAUCAGAUUUUAUAAAUCAGUAUUAGUCAACACAUACAUCACCGUAGAGAACAAUAAAAAUUAAAAUGGACAUGCAAGAAAAAAUGUCAAACAAGUCUUUGACAAGUGCCUACGAUAAAGAAGAGAUCGGACGUUACGACGACUACGAACAAGAUGAUGUUCCUAUGUCAGCAGAAGAAAAGGCUCUCGUCAGAAAAAUCGAUUUAUAUAUCUUACCUAUCAUCUGUAUGAUUGACUUCUUUCAGUACGUUGAUAAGGCAACCAUUCAAUACUCUGCUUCCUUGAACAUCAAACAAGAUUUGCACUUGUCACCCACCCAAUACAAUGUCAUUUCUUCCAUCUUUUACUUGGGUUUCCUGGUCUACCAAUUCCCAAACAACUUCCUUUUGCAAAAAUUACCCAUCGGAAGAUACAUUGGUGUCAUCAUCUUCCUUUGGGGUGCAGUGAUUGCAUGCACUACUGCAGCUACUAAUUUCGCUCAAGUUACCGCACUGAGAUUCUUGCUUGGUUGUUUCGAAGCUGGUAUCUAUCCUGCCUUAACUCUUCUCGUCAGUACCUUCUAUCGCAAGUCAGAACAAGCUGUCAGACUUGGCCUUUUCUGGAUUUUCAAUGGUGUAGCUACAGUUGUCGGUGGUCUGAUUUCUUAUGGUAUACAGGUUAUGCCCAAUGAUCAUGGUAUCGCUAAAUGGAAAUGGUUGAUGCUCAUCUUGGGGUGCUGUACUGUUCUUCUUUCCGCUGUCACUUUCUUCUUCUUGAUUGAUAACCCCAAAUCACCUGCCUUGCAACUUAACCCUGAACAAGAAAUCCUCGUUGAAGAACGUAUUCGUGAUAAUGGUGUCGUUAGAACUUCUGCCAUUAAGAAGGAGCAAAUGUUUGAAGCCUUGAAAGAAUUCCGUUUCUGGGCAUUCAUGUUUUCUUGUCUCUUCAUCACUAUCCAAAAUGGUGCUAUGGUCAGUUAUAUUCCUUUGAUUGCUAUGGACUUUGGUUUUACUGGUAUUCAAUCCAUCUUUAUCACACUCGGAAGUGGUCUGAGUUUCAUCGUUUGGAUUGGUUUGGCUGUUUUCCUCAGUAAAAAGACAAAGCAACUCUUUUACAUCAUUGCACUCUGUAUGUGCAUUGAUAUUCUCGGUUUGAUCCUUCUUGUUGCCUUACCCGAUGUUAGAACAAAACUUAUUGGUGUUUACCUCUCCAAUGGCUUUGGUGGUGCAUACGUCUUGAUGAUGACAGCCCUUUCAAACAACGUUUCUGGAUACACCAAGAAGAUUUUCUAUAACGGUGUCUUCAUGGUCUUUUACACCAUUGGUAACUUUGUCGGUCCCUUCUUGAUGGUUGAUAGCACCAAGCCCGUCUAUCUCCCCGCCAUGCUUACAUACAUUAUCUGUAACUGUAUCGUCAUCUUAUUGAUGCUUCUCGUUAGAGCACAAAUGGCCAAGAUCAACAGACAAAGAAUCUCCAAUCCUUCAUCCACAGUCACCAAUGUUGAAGAUAACUUGACAGACGUUCAAGAUCCCAAUUUUAUCUACCGUCUUUAAUUCCCCUCCUACUCCAUAAUAAUUUACCCUUUUAUUUUUUGUGUAUAACAAUCGAUUAAAACUAUAAUAAUUUCUUAUUGGGUACCACUUUCGGCUUUGUACGAAGUUCCAGAAUUCAUUGGUUGUACUAGCACGUUCUAUUGUACACAAUGAAAAAAGAAGGCCCUGAGAAGAAGGGAUCAAU